AUGCAUCGAACGACUGAAUUAUUGGUAAUGGUCGUUGUCUCUCUAUUUAUUUUGUACUCUGCUCUAAUUAGUGUUGGUGACGGAAAUCAUUUCCUUGGAGGUACAAUCUCGUGGCGUCCCUCGAAUACAUCAGCAACUGGUUCACCUGUUGCUAUUGUUAUUACUCAAACUUAUUCAUGGACCUAUUCAUACAUUCCAUGCACUCAAGUCACAAUUGCAAGUAAUGCAUAUGUUCCCUCAUAUGGGGGACUCGCAGCUGAAGUACUCGAAUGUAUAUACAACUGCGCUACCGGAGCAAUUGGCUAUCCGAACAUUAGUGUGAUUCCUCGUUGUACAGACUUCUCUGUAGCAGCUGGAAUUACAACUGGACAACGUUCGGAUACAGUAUAUCUAGACAUUAAUGACGAUUUUGCAGCAGCAUUUCGAGAUUCCUCGUGGCGUCCAUUAGCAACAAGUGCUAAUGCUAGUUGGGCAAUAUCUACACGUAUUAUUGUGAAACCACGAACUGAUACGGGAUAUUUCAAUAGUGCUCCUGUUGCUACAGUUAUGUCACCAAUCAAUAUUCCUUAUAAUAAAUCUAUUAGUAUCACUAUUCCUGUUGCUGAUGCUGAUGGAGAUACUCUUCGUUGUCGAUGGGCUAAUAAAUCGAAUGGAAUCAAUGAAUGUCGAGGUGUAUGUCCACCUGAUUCCUUACCACCCGAUACGAUCAUCUAUCCUAACUGUACAAUCAUUAUCAAUGGAAAAAAUCUUAGUGAUUGGUAUGCGGUUGCAGUCACGGUUGAAGAUUUCAUCAAUUCCUCGAGUACAAUUCCACUUAGUUCUGUACCUGUUCAAUUUCUUGUUCAUGUAAUUAGUGCAUCAUCGUGUCCUACUUUACCUGAGAUUAUUGGCAUACCUCUUGAAUAUUCAUGUAUGACUCUGCGUGUAGGACAAACGUUUACAUCACAGCUGAAAGCUCGAAAUAAUUGUGGUCCAAAUGUGACCAUUGUAGACAUUUCAACUUUGUCUUUCUCUGGUAUGGUGACCAGUAAUAUUACUAAGGUCGAUGCAACAAUUUAUUACAAAAGUUUGUCGUGGACACCAACACUGGCACAAGUUGGCUAUCAGGUCAUGUGUGCGAUGGCUUUCGAUAGAUCUAAUAGGAAAUUGGAUAUUAAUCGGAAUCAUUGGUGGUCUAUGUCUUCUGACGUUGACGACGCUGUGCUGUUGUUUUUAUCAUUACAAGCUGUGACCGUGACUUUGUGCCUAAUCGAGAAGGAUUCGUUAUUGAAUUAUAUCACAUUGAACGAUGCAUUGAUUUCAACUGUGCUUUCAACAAAUCACCUGAAAAGGCCAGCUCUGUCUGGGUACGUCAUAGAAACCGCUCUGAAUGCAAAUUUAUACAUCAGAACAUUAAAAAACAUCCCAAACUAUCAAAGACAAUGUCUCAAGUUAUUCCAAAUAAUGCAGUUGAGAGUGUUGAUCUUAGACUUAAUUCUGACCCAGUGA